AUGGCCACCACAGUCCGCAAUCCUCUAUCUCAGCGCUCUCGCCCUUCCCUUGCAUCUCCCCGUGUUACAAAGACAUCAGUUGGGCUGAAACGACCCAGGUCGCCUGGUGUUACCCCAGAAGAUCAGCCUAGUAACGGCGCUACAAAACGCGUCAAAUCCGUGGCAGAAGCUUCCCUCGAUAAGCAUAGACGGAGGGACCAAGAAGAGAUAGAAUGGAGGGAAAAGUACACCCGUGCUUUCAAUACAUUCAAAUUCCACUUUUCAGAAGACAUUCAAAACACCGACUAUGUCAAACAACUCGAAAGACGAAUCCUUCAACUUGGCGGGACUGUCGAAGAUUUCUUUUCGUCUUCAAUCACGCAUUUGAUUGUGAAGGAUGUGGAGCCAAGUAGAGCAUCGGACAAGGAAAAUCGUCAUGGGCAGAGGAGUCCCACCAAGAAAGUUGGACUCAUUACUGAGGUACCUCUGGUUUAUCGUCGUACUGUUGAUGAGGCCAAGAUCAAAGAAUGGGGCGUACGAAAGCUCGAUAGUGUCCUUUCUCGUUGCUUGAUACAGCCCGUCAUCUUGCCUACAUCCGGACCUCUUCCCGCUCGAUUAAAUCCUUCGACGUCCACUCAUCCAACCGGCCAGACUCGGUCUCUUAAUAAGCUCCUGCAGUCUGAAAAGAUUCAUGGCACUACCGAGCGCGAUCCGACUCAGAAGAGACAUGAUUUUGCAUACUUUGCGCGAGGUAGUUACUUUGUCUUAGUCGAGGACAUACACCAAGAACUUGCUACAAUUGUGACGCAUCAAUAUACUCCGCCGAAAAAAGGAUCCACUCGAACCCCUUGGCCUGUUCUUCAUUGUCACCCUCAGUCAAGAGGACCUUUUGUACCCUUCGACGAGAAGGAAAAGAAACGAUGGGAAAAGGCCCAGAAGAUAGAGAGAGAGGACAAGAUAGAAGCUCACGAGAGAGAACUAAAGGAACAGAAGCUAUUCCAAGAGCGUAUGUCCCGAGAGAGGGAGGCUCGCCAUCGAGGAUUCGAUCUCAGGCGUUCAGUGUCCAUGAACAACCUUCGCCGCCGUGAAUCGCUAGAGGCAGAGACGGGGAAUGAACAAUGCUUUGAUUUUGGAGACCCUGAUUCCGCUUGCGCGUCGGGGUAUCUUGCUUCUGGUAAUGGAGGUUACAUUGCUGCAUCUGGAAACAGUGUCGGUAUCACUUCCACUACCGGCACAACUUCCACCACCGAAUCCAAUUUCGGCCUCGGCUCCAAGUUAUCGGCCAAACUGAAAGCUUUCGCAGAUCAACAGGUACCGACAUCCCUCAAGACCGGCCGACGCGAUAGUAUUAAAGGGAAUAUGGGGCCUCCUGCACUUCCCGAAGGGCGUGUCGGCGUGGGCCUUCGAAGAGCCAAGAGCACUAACAACCUCAAGCUUCCAAAACGAGAGGAGGGAUCAAAACCAGGUUAUUGUGAAAGUUGUCGCCAAAAAUUUGAGGACUUCAAGCAGCAUAUUCGUAGUUCCAGACACCGAAAAUUUGCCAAAGAGGAUGCACAUUUCGCGGAACUUGACAUCGUCCUCUCUACAGUUAAACGUAAGACUGUGGUCGAUAUUAUGCGAGAACGUGAUGCUCGAUUUUCCCGUGAAGACGACACAGAAGAAGACCCUUUCCUCGAUAAUUCCGGCACGAGGAUGCCCGACGUCGACUUGGACGAUGUCUGA